AUGAGGACGGUAUGUGGUUUUAUUUUGAUAUUGCUUAUGGAGCUGGCAGCUGCAGCGACCAUUGAUUCCGGUACGCUAAUAGGCUGUGAUCCUCAAAGUGUGACUAGUGGGUUCUCUGUGAAAUACUAUGAUUAUCCUCAUGCUGCCGCUGGUUCGAGCCCUUGUUACAAUCUGGCGUAUCAAACCGAUGAUUAUCUCUACAACGGUGGUUAUCAAACCCUUGGAGCUGGUUUGCUUGCACAGUCCAGCGGUGUCACUGAUUUGACCUUCGCUACUUCUUCAAAUAUGAGUAGGUUGUUCGGUAUAAUGGCUAAUAUGCCAAGUAACUACAACCUUAACCAGCAGAUCAGCGUCAGUAAUUUUGCCAUGUUGAUUACCGGUUAUUUCCUCGCUAAGACUACAGGUACUUACUCUUUCAAUUUGGAUUAUAUUGACGAUCUGGCUUAUGUCAAUGUUGGUGCCGGUAAGGCAUUUGAUUGUUGUCAACAAGGAUCUUCCGAGUCAAAACCAGCCCCAUUCGAUUUAUUCGCCCAAUGGGCUUCAAGUAAACCAACGGACAGCAUUCAAGCUGAUUUGAUUGCUGGUCUCUAUUAUCCUAUUCGUCUAUUCUAUGUUAACAGAGAUUACAUUGGUGGUUUGCAAUUCUCAUACACGGAUCCUAGCGGUGCCAAGAGCUCCAACUGGGAUUCUUACAUCUUCCAGGCUCCUGACGGUUCAAAGUGUGAAGCCGAGCCUGCAACGACUACCACACCAUGGGACAGUACUUUCACUAGUACUUACACUACUGUUUCCACUUAUACAAACGCAAAGAGUGUUGUGACCACUGGUGCUGUCGUUGUCGUUGAAACACCUCGGCCAUUAACCUCCACGACUACUUACACAGCAUAUAGUGGCAGUAGUACCACUACUUACUCGACCGGUGUCACUACGAUCAUCGGUACUGACGGGAAGUCAACAAAGGAGACAGUUUAUUACGUCAAGACUCCCAUCCGUGCUACUACGACUUACACUGGCUACGAUGGCAGCAGUACAACCACUUACUCCACCGGUGCUACUACCUUCAUUGGCUCCGACGGUAAGAGUACUACCGAAACUGUUUAUUAUGUGAAGACUCCAACAUAUGCUACUACAACUUACACACCUUGGAGUGGAUCUAGUACUACAACCUACUCCACCGGUGCUACUACCUUCAUUGGCUCCGACGGUAAGAGUACUACCGAAACGGUAUACUACGUGAAGACACCCGGCUACGCCACAACUACUUACACUGAGUAUGAUGGCAGUAGUACUACUACAUACUCCACUGGUAUUACUACGAUCACAGGUACUGAUGGCAACCCGACGAAGGAAAUUGUCUAUUACGUGAAGACACCUGGCUACGCCACAACUACCUACACUGAGUAUGAUGGCAGUAGUACUACCACCUACUCGACGGGCGCCACUACGUUUAUCGGCCCUGAUGGUAAAUCUACUACAGAGACUGUUUACUAUGUUAAGACGCCGGCUAUCGCAACCACCACUUAUGCUGGCUAUGAUGGCACCAGUACUACUACAUACUCCACUGGUAUUACUACGAUCACAGGUACUGAUGGCAACCCGACGAAGGAAAUUGUCUAUUACGUGAAGACACCUGGCUACGCCACAACUACCUACACUGAGUAUGAUGGCAGUAGUACUACCACCUACUCGACGGGUGUUACUACGUUUACUGGCCCUGAUGGAAAAGCUACUACAGAGACUGUCUACUAUGUUAAGACGCCAGUCAACAAGCCUGUACUCACCACCAAGUAUACCAAUUAUCCUGGAAGUACCCCAAGAACAUAUUCUACUGAGUCUACUUGGUUUACUGGCGGAGAUGGUAAUCAAACUCCGCUUUAUGUUUACUAUGUUGAAACUCCAAUAGUUAGAUACACCAAUGGUUCAAGCUCUUAUAUUCCCAAGACGUUGACAUCUACGACAUCGGGAUCUGAAAUCACUACUAAUCCGAUCAAUACUGUCUCUUCGAGCGAAAAUACGGUCCAUACUAACACUCUAACCACCGUGACUACAACUGUUGAUGGUGUCGUCACUUCCUACACAACCACUUGUCCUAUGAUUGCCAUUUCCAGCGAUACCAAACCAGUCGAUAGCCAAAGUCAAACUCAAACGACUGUGACUACGACCGUUAAUGGGAUCGUCACUUCCUACACAACCACUUGUCCCAUUACUACCAUUUCCAGCAACGACAAGCCAGUUACAACCGAACCUCAAUCAAAUUUGGUUACAACCGUUAAUGGAGGUGUUACUUUCUACACUACCACUCGUGCCGUUAAUAAACCAUCAUCUGGAACUGCCGCUCAAGAUUCCUACACAUUAGAGACUGUCACAACAGAAUCUAACGGAGUGACCAUAGUCUAUACUACAACCUGCCCAUUGAGUACAGGGACAGGCGCUGUAGGGCACACGCCAAGUGCAGAGGCCUCCGAAUCGGCUGCUGAUAGUGUUCAGGUUGGUGAAGGAGAGCAAACAGUUCUCCAACCUGCUGGAGUGUCCACCACUUUGAGUUCCGUUGUAUCCACGGCUCAGACGCCAUUGAUCACAACCAACUCUCAGCCUUACGCAACAGGAAGUGGAAGCUCGAUCAUUUCUUCUGUUACUCAAAUUUUGCCCUCCAAUACGCGCUCCAUUACACAAUACGAAGGUGCUGCUCCUAAAUCGUUCGUCAGUCACUUCUUUUACUUUGUCGUGGCUCUACCAUUAGCCCUUAUUUAG